AUGCUCGUGCUACCUCUUGUGCUCCUGGCCACCGCUGAAAUGGUGCAAGGGUACACCAUAGUUGACUCUGGGUAUAUUAUGCGCAAGAAUAUCGACUCGAUUGUGAAGCCGGGGAAGUAUACGAGCCAUAUGCACAGCUUCUUCGGUAAUGAUGCUGUUAAUGUGAACACUUCGACAACUGAAGAGCUCAUGUCCGGCUGCACUACGAACAGCAACCCAAACGAUCUGUCCGUUUACUGGCACCCAACUCUCUAUUUCAACAACGGCACAGGCUUGGUCCCAGUCGAAGCCCGAUACUUCAAGGCAUAUUACAAUAACAUCGGCAAUGCCGAGAUUCCCUUCCCCACCAACUACAAAGCAGUUGCAGGCAAUGCUACAGCAACAACUGCUGAUGAGGUAGACGACCUCCUCAACAUGAGCUGGUGGUGCGAGUACGGACCGGAGACGUCACCAGACGCAAAUGGAUGGCCCAACGCAGGAUGCAAUUUGGGUCGACUCCAGACGCAGAUUUUGUUCCCCAAUUGUGUCAACACCGACACCCUCGUCAGUGGCUACUCCAGCCGCGCAUGGCUCGCUAAUCCGAACCGCUGUCCAGACGGCAUGAAGCGCAUCCCCCAGCUGCGAUUUUCGGUGCGCUUCGAUACUUCUGGCGUCUUGCCUGACGGCUGGUCCGGUGAGGCCCCUCUCCAACUUUCUAGCGGGAAUUCAUACAGCUGGCAUGGGGACUUUAUCAAUGGCUGGCUUCCAGAGGCAGCGGAGAAUAUGAUGCUUGCUACCGAUAAGAGGGAGUUCCAGGUUGUCACGGGACCUAGAUCUGAGCUGGCUACAUGUACACCUGCUGAUGCCGACCCGGAUAAUGGCACGAGUGACUACGAGGAAAGCCGUGUUCUGAUGGCUGCGGCGGGAUCUGAUUAA